GUGAGCAGGACGCUGCGCAGGAAGACUCAGUGACAGCAGGAACAACGUCUGUGAGCUGGUGGCAAAUUAGAGUGUGUUGAACAAGCAAGAUGUCCUAUGCCAGCGAUAAACUUAAUGAUGGUUAUUUGCGGCAGAAUAUGCCGACCAUCGUUAGCAAGGUGAAAGUGAGAGAAAUAGUACCGUACCUUCCCUGCCUGACGGCUCAUGACAGGGAAAACAUCGAGGCCAAACGGGAAACUUCUGGGAAUUUCAAUGCCAUGGUGCUUCUCCUGGAUUGUCUGAAGAGACGGGAGAACUGGCCGGAGCAGUUCAUCCAGGCACUAGAGGCUUGUGAACACCCAAACCUCGCAGCUGCCAUCAAAAAGGAAUACGACUCCCUGCUACAGGUUAACAAUCCCAGCUCAGGCUCGGCUGCAGCUACCGUGGUCAGGGCUCAUGUCCACCCUGCUCCAGCCGCCAGCCAGCUGCCCGUCUCCGAGAGCGUUGCUGAUGUUCAGCCGGCUCCCCCGGAGCCAGCCUCUCAGGCCCCGGCUCCUGUCCAGGCUCCUGCACAGCAGCAAGUCCCUCAGAUGGCGGCCGAUUCCCCACCUGAACCCAUCUCUGAGCCGCCCGCUCAGGAUGAGCUUCCACGUCUUCCGUCUACUCCGCCGCCAUCUCCUGAGAUCCAGCAUGCAGCCGAGGGAAAACACGCUCCCCACCAGGAGCCGGAGGAAAACUCAGAGUCUGAUAUCCGGGAUUCUUCUGGUGAUACCGGCGCAGGGAAGAAAGAGCCUGUCGUCGUGGUGAGGGACCAGAUGUUGAGGCAGCAACAUCCGGUCCCUCAAAGUGGAACAGAUCAUCUCCAAACAGCAGAGGCCACAAAGCCGAGUCUGUCUUUAACGUCGGUCAGCUCUGAUGUGUCUGAUGGGUCAUCUGUGCCAACUCUGACUCCAGAGAAACAGCCGGUCCAGGACACGACCCCACCAGCACACAAGGUUCCUCUGCAGCCCCAGAUGAGCGCUGAACACAAAGCUGCUCAGGCUGUUAAAAGUAGACUGCAGACUGAAGCUUCUUCUUCUCCUGAGCCGUUUUCCAACAAGAGAGAUGGCUUUCAUCAAGACGCCGAUGAUAACUCGGUGUGCCUGAGCAAACCUACUCAGCUCGUCAGCAUCCAGCCAGUUAAUCACCCCAGUCCUCCAGUCCAGCCGCAGAGCUCCUCGCUGCAGCCUUACUCCGGCGACAGUGGGCGACUGGAACUAAGCGACCCUUCGUCGGAUACCCGUCUUCCUUCCUGCACCGCUCAAGUCGAGAAGCCUGAUUCAGCAGAACCGCAUCAGGAGAACGGGAUUGCUCCGGACCACAGCGAGCCAGAAGAGAACCACUAUGAGUCUCCAAACCAGAGCUUCGACGUGGCGGAGAACGUGGUUCACGUAGCAGAGAUGCCAUCCAUCCUCAAUUGCGACGGCCAAGCUCCAGAGCCACAACUUCAAAUUGUCAACGGAGAACCGGCCAAACGAAGCUUCUCUGCAAGCGUCAACGCUGGAGAUGACACUGUGUCGAGUUUUAACAGCCUCCACAGUGAGAACUACGCCCCCAUCGAGUCAAAGCCUCUGCCCAACUCAGAGAAAACCACUCCUCCCGAUCCCAGCGACGGCCAAUCCAUGACAAGAAAGUACAUUCUGAUCGCUGCUGGACUGGGGGCCUGCGCUCUGUUGAUGGCGUUGAAGUUUAAGCGUUAAAGACAGGCAAGUUAAGGGGGCAAGGAUAGUGACUGAGAGUCGUCAUGGUGUCAUAUUGUAAUCCUUACACUGAGAGGGCACAGGACAGACGUUUAAUAAUUACAGGUAGUAACGACAGCUUCCAUGGCAGACCUUUGUUCGUGUCAUUAAUUCAUAUUUGUUGUUGGUGUUCAGCAAUGAAUGACUUUGACUUUGGCAUAAAUAAAACAAAUCAGAACUCUUGACAUUA